AUGACAGCCCGAAAUGCCCCGCCCUCGGACCCUUUGGUCGUCAUCCUGGGCUCGACAGGAACUGGAAAAUCAGAGCUCGCUGUAGAGCUCGCUACCCGUUUCAAUGGCGAAAUCAUCAACGCAGACGCCAUGCAGAUGUACAAGGGUCUGCCCAUCAUCACCAACAAAAUCACCACCCAAGAGCGCCGCGGCGUGCCCCACCACCUGCUCGACCACAUCAGCCUCGACCAGCCCACCUGGAUCGUCGAGGACUUCAAGCGCGAAGCGAACAGGGUCAUCGACGAGAUUCGCAGCCGCGGUAACUUGCCCAUCGUCGUCGGCGGCACUCACUACUACACCAACGCCCUGCUCUUCGACGACACCCUUGUCGGCGCCGAUGACGACAAGACAAAGGACGACGAUGUCAAGGUUGACGAUGACGCCUCCGCCUUCCCCAUCCUCGACGAGCCGACUGACGUCAUACUGGCCAAGUUGCGCGAGGUAGACCCCGUCAUGGCAGACCGCUGGCACCCGAACGACAGACGCAAGAUCUCGCGCUCGCUGCAGAUCUACCUGCAACACGGCCGCCCGGCGUCCGAGAUCUACGCCGAACAGCGCCAGCGCAAGGCAGCAGAGAGCAGGCCGGAGACCGCAAGCGCCGGCUCCUUGCAGGCGCUGCUCUUCUGGGUCUACUCGGACCCCGAGGUUCUGAAGGAGCGUCUCGACAAGCGUGUGGACAAAAUGCUCGCCGCCGGCCUCAACGAUGAGACGCAGUCCAUGUACGAGUAUGUCCGCGCCAAGGAGGCCGCCGGCCAGGAGGUGGACUACACCCGCGGCAUCUGGCAGUCGAUCGGCUUCAAGGAGUUCUCGCCCUACCUCAAGGCCCUCAACGCGAGUGAUCCGCCCGCGGAUUCCUCCGCCCUCGAGGCCCUCAAGGCCACUGGCCUCGAAGAGAUGAAGACGUCGACGCGGCAGUACGCCAAGUACCAGACCCGCUGGAUCCGCACAAAGACCGUGCCCCUCCUCCAAGAGCGGCCCGGCGCGCUGGACCACCUCUUCGUCGUGGACAGCACCGACGUCUCGCGAUGGUCGGCCAACGUCGCGGACCCGGCCGUCGACAUCGCCGGACGCUUCCUCCAGGGCCAAGAGAUGCCCGCGCCCGCGGAGCUGUCGGAGACGGCCCGGGACGUGCUGAGCGAGGCGACGGCGCAAACGGCACGCACGCUGUGCCGCCGGACGUGUGAGGUUUGUAAGACGACGUGUGUCACGGAGCAGGACUGGACGAAGCACGUCAAGAGCAGGCGGCACAACGUGCUGCUGAAGAAGACCAAGAGGAGGGCGCUGACUACCGCCGAGAGACCGCUGGCCGUCGUCCCGGUCGAGGCCAAGCGAGAGGAGGAUGUCGUGGUGGCGGAUAGAGGCUCGAGCCCCGAGGUCGGCGGGCUAGGCAUGUUCGAUGCCCCUGCGUGA